GAAAGUUUACAGGCUCUAUUGUGACUCACCAUACUCUAUAAUUGGCGAUCGCGAAUGUGGCGCAUAGCUGCUCCAACAACCCCUGCAAGCUUCCCAGUCAUACUUAAAACCUCAACCUUCCAUCCCAUGAAGUUCAAGAAAUUAAUCCUCGCUACCUUCCAACACUCCACAAAAUGCAGCUUCUCGAUCUCCCUCUCGUUCUCGUCCAAGAUAUUAUUGAACAAGCCGUCAACAUAAGCAAGCUCCACGAAAUUGCACGCCUCUGCCAAGUUAACCGACUCUUCAACCGGGAAGGUUACAAAUAUCUCGCUAGGAACCGUCUGGGCGUAGUGCCGUACUGGGACUAUCUUUCACCUCCGAUCCCACAGCACAUAAAGCUUCAGCUGGUACGAGAGUAUAUUGGCGACUGGGACCGCGGCAAGAAUGACUUUGCAUCGCAUGUGCAUGCCGUUGUCGACGAACUAGUUCGUCGGUUUUCUCAGCUACCUCCGGACGGCUCCCAAUCGCGAAGUCGCGAGGAUAUCCUCGACGAUGUAUGCGAAGCCAUCAUACGGAGUGGCUACCACCGCAGAUUGUUUGGCCAAGAGAUCAAACAAUGCGCUCGAUGGGACAAUCGAUUCACCCGAUCACACAGAAAAGGAUUUCCAUACAAGCCCAAAGCCAAACCGAACAGGAAUCCUAAUACUCCAGAAAGAAUCGGCCGAUCUACUAUCAUGAUUGCAGUCAUCAUGCGUUACACGACACUGCUCGAAGCUAUGCUGAAGGGAAUCAGCCAACCACGUCUGCCUAUCGGCCACGGUGAUGGUUUGGAUUGGAGAUCGCCUUGCUUUGGUUCUCCAAUUGAGUCAGCCAUUGAAAUGGGCCAUCAUAUCGUCCUGCUCGUGCUUCUAGAGGCCGGAGCAACCUUCCCAGCUAACUGUUGGCCCGGGAGAAGUCUUUGCAGAGCCGCAAUGAAGGGUCACACGGAAGUGUUCCGAGUCCUUCUCGAACGACCUUCUAACGAGCUUCUCCAGAGAGACUUUCAAGUGGCUCUGGAGAGAGCCGUAAGGAGGGGACAGUUUGAACUUGCGGAAAUGAUUUCAAAGAAGAGGGGACUUCCAUGCAGCCUGCUUUCGCCGGCCGUUAAAUAUGGCCGGGCUGAUAUUGUUCGCGAGGUGGCUAGCGAGAGGAACAUAGCCUACUGGCGCACCUCCUUCUCUCUUCUUCGUCUUGCUGUCGAGAAAGGCCAUUUCGAGGUAGCGAAAGUUCUGGUUGAGCGUGGUGCCGGGAAAGACAUCAAAACACGCCGAGUUACGUCGUACCAUGUCAUAAAGGGCGGUAAUGUGGCGAUCAUGGAGCUGCUCAUGAGCCAUGGCAUGGAGCUCGUACCAGACCAACAACAAUGGAUGCUCGCAGUUGAAGGGGGACAUACAGAGAUGGCCAAAUUCCUGUCAGAUCGGGGAUUCGACCGCUGUAGCCAAACCCCAGAGCUUCAAUGGGCAUUUGCGUUGCUCAUGUCAAUUGUACGAAAUCACGCAGAAAUGGUUUGUUGGCUGAUUUGCGAUCGCAGUGUCGAUCCGAGCGGUCAUCAUAAGUUGCGCUCGGAAGGCUUGGCUCCACUUGUCGUUGCCGUAGAUUCUGGUCAUGCCGACAUGGUUGCGUUAGUGAAGCAGCUCGGGGGGAGGGCGACGGCAAAGGAAUUAGCGGAGGAGAAUUUUGAGGAGAGCAAGAGAUGCAGUCGACGUUUGAGGAUUCAGAAUGACAAAUUUAGGGUGCGCGAAACCUUUGGGGUGUUCAUAAGGCAUUCGAAAACGUUGUGGGAAGUACCCACGAGGGCCUUUUCUAGCAGGGCCUUGGAAGCAGCCAAAGAUGCACUCUCCGAUGUAGCUCGAGAUCCACUCCCUGAUAUAUUAGAGAGAGUGGGAACGCUGAAACUGGAAGCCGCCGAAAAAUGAAGGGGAACAAGUUGGGGAAAAAAAACUUGAAUAUGCAAGUUCAUCUCAUGUCCACUUCGAAACAUUAUUUGGGAUCAGUUUCUUGAAAAUCUCCAGCUGCUUCGAAUGCAUGAUGAUAUGGGCUUGUUGCACUUCAGACCUGGAUUGAAGGGUCUUGUUGACCCUCUUCUCCAAACCGCUGUACACGACAGUGAAGUCCGGGAGAUGAGUAUUCGGAGGAAGGAUCGUUGAAGCUGAGAUGGUGCAGAA